AUGAUUCAUCUGCCCUCGCUCUACUUUGGCGCCUUUCUCGGCGCGUUUGCCUUUACGCUGCUGGAAAUCUGCAAGCAGACGCGGAGAAUAGUCCAGCGCAGCCGCGCUUGGAGCUGGCAGAAUGGCUAUCUCUACAUGAUUUGGACCGAAAUUCUCGUCAACCUCGUUUUUGCCGUCAUUACGAUUCUAUACUACGAGGAGUUGCUACCGGGCACGUUUGCGUUUUACUUUGGCACAGUCACGCUGUGGGCGCUGCAGACCCAAAUUCUGUCCCAAAUUAUUGCCAAUCGCGUGUCCCUCAUCAUGGUCAAUCGGAAACGGGCCGCGUGGAUGCGCGGGGGCCUCUUUGCGCUCAUUCUCGCCGUCAAUGUCGGCGUGUACAUCAUCUGGAUCCCAGCCCACCUGCCCGACGCCUCGCCGCGACAGAAGCGCCUCAACGACAUUUUUGAAAAGUUUGAAAAGAGCUUCUUCUUGGCCGUGGAUCUGGGACUCAACGGCUUUUUUUUGUAUCUGGUCAGAUUCCGCCUCAUCGCCGGCGGUCUGCCCAAGUACUGGGCCUUGUUCAAGAUGAACAUGGUCCUCAUUAUCCUGUCGACGGCCAUGGAUGCCGCGUUAUUAGGCAUGCUUAGUCUUUCAGACCCUUACGUAUAUGUGCAGUUUGCGCCGCUUGCCUACACAGUCAAGCUCUACAUCGAACUCGUCAUGACUUCCCUCAUCGCCAAGGUCGUCGGCGGCGAGGCUGCCGCCCAUCACAUAGUUGGCGGCUCCUCGGGCUACGCCUCGUUUCAGCCUCCCGCCCCGAUGGGCCACGACCGUUUCGGUGACAAGUACGGCAGCACCAAGAGCAUCUUCGGAGACAAGAGCAUAUUCGGAGAUAAGAGCAUCUUUGGCGACAAAAGCACCUUUGGCGACAAGAGCAUCUUUGGCGACUCAAGUAUUGCGCCGCCGGUAACGCCCAGGGUCGACGCACAGUCGAUCCGUAGCUGCAACACGUCGUAUCACACAGACGUCGAGGGCAGGUACGAGGCACCCGGCGAUGAUGGCUACCUCACCCCGGUGCCUGAGACGAGUAUCAUCAAGACGGUGACAACCACGGUCGUGUCUGAGGACAAGAAUAACCCGCCGCCGCUGCCAAAGAGCAGUGUCGUUGGCAGCAUCAAGAGCCACAAGAGCCGUCUUCGCUCCGGCGCCUACGACGACUGGAUCAACAAUGACCCCGCACCACUACCACCGCCACCAGACAAGGAUGGGUCUACCCCCAUGACUAUCCCCAUGACUAUCCCCAUGACGAGGACCAAGUCGAAAAAGUCAGCACCUCCUCUAACAUCGCGAUUCAACCAAAGGCGGCGCUGA